AUGCCUCGUUCCAAACGUGAAAGAGAAGUAUCCCUAACAAAAGUGAAGAAGAAGACAAGAGAGUCGAAGAAAUUGCUCGUCGAUGAAAUUCAGAAAAGUGUCGAUACAUACAGCAAUCUGUUCGUCUUCGAUGUCGAAAAUAUGAGAUCUACUAAGUUCAUUGAGGUAAGGCAGAAGUUCAAGAACAAUUCUCGAUUCUUUUUCGGUAAGAAUAAUGUGAUGGCAUUGGCUUUGGGUAAGGAUACCAGCACAGAAUACGCAAAGCAACUCCAUAAGGUAAGUAAUGUAUUGAAAGGACAGUGCGGAUUGAUGUUCACGAAUGUAGAUCGAGAAGAAGUCAUUCGGUACUUCGAAGAGUUCAAGGAAAAUGAUUUUGCACGUGGUGGACAAGAAGCGACAGAAACAGUUGAAUUACCCGAAGGUCCUUUACCACAAUUCGCCUUCUCUAUAGAACCGCAACUUCGAAAAUUGGGUCUUCCAACCAAGCUUGAUAGAGGCAUGCUGACUGUCCUUCCUGCAUCGCCUUUCCAAAUCAUGUUUAUUUUAGGUAUCGUGACGCUGAUAUCAGAUUUUACGGUAUGUAAGAAAGGAGUGGUCUUGACUGCAGACCAAGCUCGCAUCUUGAAAUUACUUGGCUAUAUGUUGUCCAUAUUUCAAAUCAAUAUCAGAGCGAGUUGGACGAAGGAAAAAGGAUUUCAUCUGAUCAAAUAA